AUGCAUAUUCGCGAGAAGCUUGCGCAGAAAGAGGCUUCGGGGGAGCCGGGGAUCUCCUUCGAGUUCUUUCCUCCCAAGACGGCCCAGGGUGUCCAGAACCUUUACGACCGUAUGGACCGGAUGGCCAAUCUCGGUCCAGGGUUCAUUGAUAUUACAUGGGGUGCGGGUGGCCGUCUGUCGGACCUGACCUGCGAGAUGGUUAGCGUCGCUCAGUCCGUCUAUGGCCUGGAGACAUGCAUGCACUUGACUUGCACUGACAUGCCCCUGGAAAAGGUGGAUCAGGCACUCCAGGCGGCAUACAAGGCUGGCUGCACCAACAUCCUGGCGCUUCGUGGUGACCCUCCCCGUGACAAGGAGACCUGGGAAGCCGCUGAGAACGGAUUCCGCUACGCGAAGGAUCUCGUCAAGUAUAUUCGCGAGAAGUACGGCAAUCACUUCGACAUUGGUGUUGGUGGCUACCCGGAGGGCGCGGAUGACAAUCCCGAUGUGGACCAGUUGAUCGAUCACUUGAAGGAGAAGGUGGACGCCGGAAGUUCCUUCGUCAUCACGCAGAUGUUCUACGAUGCCGACAACUUCAUUGAGUGGGUGAAGAAAUGCCGUGCCAAGGGCAUCACUAUUCCGAUCAUUCCCGGUAUCAUGCCCAUCCAGACCUACGCGGCGUUCAUCCGUCGCUCCAGUUGGACUAAAACUCGUGUUCCGCACGAGUGGAUGGAGGCCCUCGAGCCCGUCAAGAACGACGAUGCCGCCGUACGAGACAUCGGAAAGCGCCUCAUUGCCGACAUGUGCCGGAAGCUGAUGGCGUCGGGGAUCAACCACUUGCACUUCUAUACGAUGAACCUGGCUCAGGCAACUCGGUUGGUUCUGGAAGAACUCGGGCUCGCGCCCUCGGAUGAGUCUCCCAUUCAACGACCUCUACCAUGGAGGCCUUCUCUCGCCCUGGGCCGGAGAGGCGAGGAUGUGCGACCCGUCUUCUGGCGUAACCGUAACUCAUCUUACGUGGCCCGUACCCAGACAUGGGAUGAGUAUCCCAACGGUCGCUGGACUGACUCGCGUUCUCCCGCCUUCGGUGAGCUUGACUCCUAUGGUGUUGGUCUGAAAGGAACCAACGAGCAAAACAUCAAGUUGUGGGGUGAACCGAAGUCGAUCCAGGACCUCUCCGACAUGUUCAUUCGCUUCCUGGAGGGCAAGCUGGACCGACUACCGUGGAGUGACAGUCCUAUCACACCCGAGGCCAAUGACAUCCACGAUCACCUGUUGAACGUCAACCGCAAGGGUUUCCUGACGAUCAACUCGCAGCCCGCGGUGAACGGCGUGAAGUCGUCUCACCCUGUAUACGGAUGGGGUCCCAAGAACGGUUUUGUCUACCAGAAGGCCUACUUGGAACUGUUGGUCCCUGCCGACCUGAUUGACCAGCUCAUCGCCAAUAUCGAGAAGAAUGAUGACCUCACCUACCACGCUACCAAGAAGAACGGCGAACUGCGGACCAACACCCGCGAUAGCCCCAAUGCCCUGACCUGGGGUAUCUUUGCUGGACGCGAAAUCAUCCAGCCCACUAUCGUGGAGACCAUCAGUUUCCUGGCCUGGAAGGACGAGGCCUAUGCUCUGGGAGACGACUGGGCCAAGUGCCACGAUGCUGCCAGUCCGAGUCGCAAACUGAUCCAGCAGGUCAUGAAUGACUGGUGGCUUGUCAACAUUGUUGACAACGACUUCCACCGAACCAACGCCGUCUUUGACCUUUUCAAGGACCUCGAGGUCAAGGACCUGAAUGUCGAGUUUCCGGGCAAGACAGAGACCAAUGGCACAACCGAACAAAACGGCUCUGCCAUCAAGAACUAA